AUGUCUCUCCUAGACCCAAGCCCCAAUACCAUCUCCGUCAUGGGAUUCAAAAUCACUACCCAGAAACGUCCCAUACUGAAAGCCGAUCCGAUCGAAGAUAUGACUCAAAAGUUAGGCAUUGCGCCGCCGGAGAUGAUUUUUGGAGACAACUAUGUAACGAUAGAACAAGAAAAUGGGCACUGGGGAAUAACAUUCAACGCAUUCGAUGCCUUGGAUCGUGUAGACAAAACGGGCGCGUCGAUGUUGAAGGUUGCUUAUUCGAAAGAGUGGCAGAGAAGCAGGGAGAAGACACAUGAAGGCAUCAAGGAAGUUGUCAAACCUUUCGACUGGUCUUAUAGCACAGAUUAUCUGGGCACUAUUCAUACUAAAAGCCUGCCCUUCGAGGCAACAGAAAAGCCGAUUCCCGUCGAAUUACUGAAGCGUCCCGACCCUAUUUUGUUUUUUGAUGAGGUCAUCUUAUAUGAAGACGAACUUGCUGAUAAUGGUAUCACAACGCUAUCGUGUAAAAUUCGUGUGAUGCCGAAGCGACUGCUUUUGUUAUCGAGAUUCUUCAUGAGGCUUGAUAAUGUCCUGGUUCGCCUCAGAGAUACGAGGGUCUACGUCGACUUCGAAAGCAUGGAGGUGAUUCGAGAAUAUCAGUCCAAAGAAUGCGAUUACGCGACCGUCCGACGGGUAUUGGCAGCUACUAGAGACGACGUCCCAGCCGUGAUGAGAGACCCCAAUAGACUUUCAGAAGCUUUGCCACUCCUGGAGAAGCGCUUAGAACGGGUCGAUUUGAGAAAUUAG